ACGCAUCAGUGGUUCAGUAGGCAAAUGGUGUUGGGAUUAGUCUGCUGAUAGUUACACUUUUUAUUGGUGCUGUGUGCUGCGUAUAUUUGGAAGAACGAGUACUGGGAGGCAUUUAUUAGCUGCUUCCAGCAUUUCCGGAGAUCUGUCGCUGUUGCUGUUAACUGUGCAGGAACUAGUGUAAUCUCUCAAAGUCAAAAUGAAGGUGUUAGCGAAAUGUGCACUGUUGCUAGUGGCUGGAAUAGUCCUAUGCAGUGCUCAAAAUGGUCCUACCACGGAUGAAGCUACAAAUCUCGAAAAAAAGACGACUGUACAUCCGAUUCCAUUGAAUACGACGACGGCUGCUACUACGACUACAACUACAACUAUCCCCCCAACAACUACAACUAAACCAACUACAACAUCGGCACCAACUACUACUACUACUACUACUACAGCUGCACCACCAACAACUAGCACUGUUGCGCCAACGACGACACCCGCACCCGCUCCAGUGCCAGUGCCAGAACCAGAUGUAGGCACUUGGGUCUUUACCAACACCACCACCAACAGGACCUGUGUGCUGACCCAGAUGGCACUGCAGCUCAACGUUACCUAUUUGGAUGCUGCCGGCAAUGCAGCGCAUGCUUUGUAUAACGUACCGAAAGAUGCCAGGGUCCUCAACGGAUCUUGUGCGAUCGACUCGCAGUAUAUCCUGCUGACUUGGAAUCCUCCGUCCUUGACGCAGAAUACUCUGAACAUCUCCUUUAGCUUGAACGUCACCGAGCACGAGUUUACCCUUUCCCGACUAACGUUCGUUCUCGUCAUUCACAGCAGCUCGUUCCCGAAUGCGAAGGAUAACCAAACGAUCACCCUGGUCAACGAGCAGCCGCUAUUCAAGACCCCGAUGGACAUGUCCUACCACUGCAACCGCGCUCAGCACCUCAACCUUACCUCGGUUAGCCCAGCUGGGUUGAACUCAACCGUCACCGUGUCUAAGCUGCAAUUCGAAGCGUUCCACAACAAGGCUAACGCCAAGUUCUCGAUCGCCAAGGAUUGUGACGCAAUGGAUACGCCGGACAUCGUACCGAUUGCCGUCGGAUGUUCGCUGAUUCUGCUCAUUGUGAUUGUUCUCAUCGCUUAUCUGGCCGGCCGCCGAAGCACCCGAUCCCGAGGCUACGUGAGCAUGUAAAUAGGUUACGCCCACGAGACUAACCCUGCUCUACUGCAAAUUCUGAUCUGCUGUAACUUAUGCCAUCUCGCCGUUUUUCUUGUUUGUUUUUGAGCUUAUUGCAAACAUGCGGAAAAUUGUUGGAAUUGGAAGCCUCAUGCGUUUCCCCGGAAAGGCCAACAGAUUCAUUUUUCUAUCGGUUGAAACAAAAUUUUGAUUGUCAAUUCAGUAAAACAAACAGUAAACAUAUUUGGUGUUAGUACAUCCUUUCGUCUAGGAUAGUUAGUUAUAUUCAAGUAUAAAUCGACGCCAUUAAAAAAACAAAACGCCUUUCUUGCAUUAAGCACAACAUUCAAACGUUUCACUUUCAAAUUCCAUUGCAGCAGGAAACUACAAACCAAAAAAAAAGUUUGAAAUAAGUAUAGGUAAAAUAAAACAAAUGACAGAAGGAUCAAGGGUUAAGGAACAAAAAGAAAACAACAAUUAGAAAGAGAAACAAACAAAAAUCUGUUUAUAAUAUACCUUCCUGUAGUUGAAUAGUGUAAUUUUUAUGAUCAAUAAAGAGUAAAAAAGUUGAUUGGUAAAACAAA